AGCUAAGAGAUCUGGAGUCCAGGAGGCCCCUUUCCUCAGGGUGUGAUCCAAGGGUACCCCUGUGACCCAGGAACCCUGAAGGGGACCCAGAUAUCGUUUCCCACAUUCCCCAACUGUGGGGUCUGUGGUUGAGGAGUUCCAGCCAGAAACCUCACCGCUCUGUUUGCUUACCCACUCCCAGUUAUGGGGUGUGGGGUGCAGGGUGAACCCCUCCCCAGGAAGGGAGCCAGAGGUCUCUCUGCCCCCCAACCCCCAGCCAGGGGGUGCGGAGCCCAAGGCAUCUCCACUCUGCCAGGUAACAUGGAGAUCCCCAUGCCCCCCAGAAGGGGCCCCAGAGCUGUUGUUUCUCCACCCCCUACCUACUCACCAGCCAUGGGGCUGGAGUUCAGGAUCUUUCAACCAGGAGGGAAUACAUAAGUAUCCUGACAGCCAUCAAAGGGCCCUAGCCAUGGGUCUGUUGCUUAGGAAUCACCCCUUCCUAGGAAGUGGUCCGGGAGUCCCCCCAGUAACCCAGGAAGGGCCCCAGAUGUUAUUUCUACUUACCUCCCAGCUAGGGGUUAGAAUUCAGAGUCUUCUAUCCAAUUGAGAAAACAGGUGUACUCUGUCCCCAUCUUCCUGGCUAUGGGGGCUUACUGCUCUCCCCAAGGGGUCCCACAUACCAUUUGCCCACCUUCACCUUCUAGCUCUAGGAACUGAGACUCAGUUUCUUCUAGCUAAGAGGGAACACAGAUGUUUUGGCAUUUAUUUACACCUCCCAGCUGUGAGGUCUGGAAUCAAGGUGACUCCCUCCCCAAGAGGCAAGCCAGGGACCUUCUACCCUCUCCCAAGGACCCAGGAGAGGUACCAUAUGUUGUUUGCUCACCACUCUCAUACCUCAGCCAUAGGCUCCCGAGUUCGGGAUGCCCCGUCUCUAGAAGGUAAGCCAGAGUUCCAUGCUCCACUAGGAACCCCCAAAUAUGCCACCCUGUUAUGGGGCAGAGACUCAGGCUGGGUGCUCAGGAGCAAACAGGAACGCUGACACCCCAUCCAGUUGAGGGCAUUGGAAUGGAGGACUCUCCCCUCCACAGGACCCAAGCUUCCCACGAGAGGAGCCCAGGAUGGAGAGAGGGGCAGAGCCGUGGAGCUGGGCAUUGGAGACCUCAAGCACCAGAUCGUGCCCCAGAAGCAGCCGGCUCAUUGAAGCCUGGGAUGCGGCGCUCAGUCCUGGUCAGGAACCCAGGCCACAAAGGCAUGAAGCCUGUUUACCAAGAGCUUGACUCCGAUUCUGAGACCCUGGACCCCAACCCGGAAGACCCGGAGCCUGAGCCGGAAGACCUCACCACUGUCUCGGAAGACGUGGACCCCAGCUAUGAGGAUCUCGAGCCCGUCUCCGAGGAUCUGGACCUGGAGGCUGAAGCUCCAGGCUCCAUCGUGGGGAACCCUGACUCGGGCCCCCAAGAUCUUGACCCCAUGUCUUCAAGUUCUGACCUCGACCCAGAUGUCAUCGGCCCUGUCCCCCUGGUUCUUGACCCUAACAGCGAUACCCUCAGCCCCCCUGCCCCAGACCUGGACCCUGUCUCGUCCGGCCUUACUGCCACCUCCGAGGUCCUGGCCACCAGCCCCGCCGUGCUCCCAGCCCCGGCCAGCCCGCCCCGUCCCUUCUCCUGUCCCGACUGCGGGCGAGCCUUCCGCCGCAGCUCAGGGCUGAGCCAGCACCGCCGCACCCACAGUGGCGAGAAGCCGUACCGGUGCCCCGACUGCGGCAAGUCCUUCAGCCAUGGCGCCACGCUGGCCCAGCACCGCGGCAUCCACACCGGGGCCAGGCCGUACCAGUGCGCGGCCUGCGGCAAGGCCUUCGGGUGGCGCUCCACGCUGCUGAAGCACCGCAGCAGCCACAGCGGAGAGAAGCCGCACCACUGCCCAGUGUGCGGCAAGGCCUUCGGGCACGGCUCGCUGCUAGCGCAGCAUCUGCGCACGCACGGCGGCCCGCGGCCCCACAAGUGCCCGGUGUGCGCCAAGGGCUUCGGGCAGGGCUCGGCGCUGCUCAAGCACCUGCGCACGCACACGGGCGAGCGGCCCUACCCGUGUCCGCAGUGCGGCAAGGCCUUCGGGCAAAGCUCGGCACUGCUGCAGCACCAGCGCACGCACACGGCCGAGCGCCCGUACCGCUGCCCCCACUGCGGCAAGGCCUUCGGGCAGAGCUCCAACUUGCAGCACCACCUGCGCAUCCACACGGGCGAGCGGCCGUACGCCUGCCCCCACUGCUCCAAGGCCUUUGGGCAGAGCUCGGCGCUGCUGCAGCAUCUGCACGUGCAUUCUGGCGAGCGCCCCUACCGCUGCCAGUUGUGCGGCAAGGCCUUCGGGCAAGCCUCCAGCCUCACCAAGCACAAACGCGUGCACGAGGGCGCAGCGGCGGCGGCUGCGGCAGCUGCAGCCGCCGCGGCUGCCGGCCUGGGCCUGGGGCCUGGUCUGAACCCGGUGUCUGUGUUGAGGCCAGGCCAGGUCUCUCUCCUAGGCCCUGACACUGUCUCCUUGCUGGGCUCCGGCCUUGGCCUCAGCCCUGGUCCCAGCUCUGGCCUUGGCUCUGACCCUGGCUCCAGGCUGGGCUCCCUUCCAAAUCCCAGCCCCAAACCCAGUCCUGAUCCCGUCCAAUCUUCUGGCCCCGAGGCUGCCCUUGACACUCAUCCUGACCUUGUGCCCAGCCCCGACCAGGAAUCGGGUUCCGGCUCUAACCCUGAUCUUGUGUCCAGUUCCAUCCCCAACCCUGAGUCCCGUCUUGACCCUGGCUCUCCCACCCAUGAUGCUGUCAGCCCAGCCCUCCCUCCUGGUGAGAACCUGGAGUGGGUAGAGGAGCAAGGGGCACUGCUGGGGCCCGAUGGCUGAAGGGGGUGCCAGCCUCCACGGGGGCCUGGGGAAGUUGUGUGUUGUGAUGUUAGUAAAAUCCUCCCACUGCCGUCUGG